CUCGAAAGAGGGGAAAGCAAAACAUUUUCAGGCCCGCCGCGUCUAGCAAAAAAUAUGAGAAAAAAAUUAUUAAAAAUUCGGAAAAUAGUUGAAAGUGAAGAAAACCCCAACAGAAAGGAUGCUAAAGCGUCCGUGGCCCCUGUGUCUGGGCAGUGUUGAGCACAUAAAACUGGACAGAAUAAUUGUGAAAAUACUAGUUUGGCACCGCACCUUGUCCAUGUAGCUGGUCUGCCUUCGAGUGCCAUGGCCACAGGAACCCAGGACCAUCGUGACCACGUCCUGGAGAAAGCCAAGCUUGUGCCGCCCAUGGGGAGGCGCAGGAGAACAGAGGGCAAGCCGAAAAAGAAUUUCUCCUGCCAGGAGUGUCAGAAAGCCUUCAACAGUCUGGAAAAGUUGAAAGUUCAUUCGUACUCUCACACAGGAGAAAGACCCUACCGUUGCUCCCAUCCCGACUGCACCAAGGCUUUUGUCUCCAAAUACAAGCUGCUACGGCAUAUGGCAACUCACUCGCCAGAAAAAAACCACAAGUGUUCAUACUGUGAGAAAAUGUUCCACCGCAAGGAUCACUUAAAGAAUCAUCUACACACUCACGACCCAUACAAGGAGGCUUUCACCUGUCAAGAGUGUGGCAAGAGCUACAACACCAAGCUGGGCUUCAAACGCCACCUCGCCCUCCAUGCUGCCAACAGUGGAGACCUUACCUGCCAAGUGUGCCUGCAGGCAUUCCCCAGCACUGGGGUUCUACUGGAACACCUCAAAACACAUGCUGGUAAAUCCUCUGGCGGGACCAAAGAGAAAAAGCAUCGAUGUGAGCAUUGUGAGCGACGAUUUUACACCCGUAAAGAUGUGCGGCGCCACAUGGUGGUGCACACUGGACGGAAGGACUUCCUUUGUCAGUACUGCGCGCAGCGCUUUGGAAGGAAGGACCACCUCACUCGUCACGUCAAAAAGAGCCAUGCCCGAGAGCUGCUGAGGGUAAAAACUGAGCCAGCUGAUUCGCUGGAGCCUGUUGUCUAUGACUUGGUACCUGGGGACAUCAAGGAUGAGCUCCCAGGAAUGGUGACUCCGAGGCCACAUCAGCUCGACAUAUACACAGGCCCUGUGUUGGACACAGAGUCGUUCCCCGCCCCCACACAACCUUUCUCUUUAAAGUAUGCGCUGGGCUCCAACUUUACCUCAUACACCUUCUCUUCACAAGAACGGGAGCAGAAUCUAAAGGGAGAACUGGAGACCUACCUGAUGGAGCUGCAGAGCAGUAUGCCCUCCUCAUCCUCUGCAGCACAAGAGCCCCAACUCUCCUCCAAACAUGAGCUAGAGACUCAAGUGGAUGUGCUAGAGGAAGCGAACCAGGAGGUUUCCCUGUCCAAAAUAUCCACUCCAGUGGCAGCUGCCACUGCAGGAGACUCUCUGGCUUCGUCCUCCUCUCUGAUGGACUUCUCACAGCUUUUUAACUUCCUGCCACUCAACGGGCCUCCGUACAACCAAGCAGGGGGACAAGGCGUCACCUAUGCACCCGGUGAUGAAUCCACACCCUUGGUCCAGAUGCCCCCUCAGCCCCCUGAAGGCCCAGAGGCUGCAGAGAGUUCUCUUCAAGGACUCCCCUCCUCCUUCAUAUCCAGCCUUAGCACACCUACCACACUGCCCCGCUUCCAUCAAGCUUUUCAGUGAUCCAGUAUGUACUGCACUAGGCACACACACACCCAUGCAUACAUAGACAAAAUACACACUAAGCUACAGAAGAAGACCAUAAAACACUGAAACAAGACGUCACUGAUAAUAAAAGUUAAUACAAGACAUUUCUGUCCAUUUAUGGCAGGAUGAGAAGACACUUAGACAUAUGGCAGACACAUGAUGAUGCUUAGCCCUGAUAGCAGCAGACACACAUACACACAGAGAGAGAGGGAAUUAUUCAGCUGUUAUUUUUCUGAUGCUUCAAACAUCCUCAUAACUGCAGAAAAAUCCCCUUGUUACUGGGUGUUAAUUCUACAACGUCCACAUCCUUACAGUCAGGAACUUGCAAGCAUAUCAUGUAUUGUUUUGGCUACCAGCAGAAAUUCUAUUCAAGUCUAUUCAAAGAUCUGCAGCUUACACUAUAAAUUAAUAUCUUGAACUGCAGCACAAGCAACAGAAUCCAGCCACAGGGGUCAGAGCAGUUUCUGUGUUUUACUGCUCAGUGCAAGUUUUAAAAAAUACACAUACACAUACAUAAGCCCAAACUUCCUCAACAGUAUAAAAACAGCCAAACAAGAACAGAGCUAUGUCAGAUUGCUGUGACAUUUUUGUCUUCCCUACUUAACCCUCCAUGUGUAAGAAUAUAUUGGCCUUUGUAUGCAGAUUUUCCAAAAGAUAUACAAUUUUUCAUGAUCAUCACCUCAUGACCUUCUCAUUUGGGGUAGGACCAGCGACUAAACUUAGCACAAAAAGUAAGGACAUUUGGUAAAUUAUGUCUAUGUUGUUCCAAUGCUUCUUGGCAAUAAAUCUUGCAAGGACCAUGCACUUGUAGGAUGAGCUGCAGAGCUGAUUAUGUGGGUUGCACACAUGAAAAAUUUGCCAAAUCGUCUCUGCCAAUGCCAAACAGCUGAUUCUGCCAUUGACUCUUGUUUGGUGUCGUUUGGUUGAUUGAUGUCUGAAGAAACAAGAUGCAUUGGCAAUUUAGCAAUUGAGUCUGGCAUAUACUCUUCAUGCUGGUCAACAGCCUGGUGGCACACUGCUGUGAGAUGGAAUCCCGUUCUUCAACCAGCUUUGGUUGUGUUGGUCACUAGUGCACGCCCAAGCUGAUCCCACAUGUGUUCAGUGGGGUUGAGGUCAGGACUGCUGGCAGGACAUUCCAUCCUCUCCACUCUCAAAUUCUGGAGGUAGUCUCUGAUAAACCCCGCUCUGUGGAGGCGAGCAUUGUCUUGAAGGAUAGAGUUCAGUCCUAGACUGUGGAGCUAUGGGAUUACCACUGGUUGCAGAAUUUAAUCUCUGAUAUCUCUCUGCAUUGAGAUUGCCUCCAAUGAUGACAUGCCUCACCCCACACCAUCACACUGCAUCCUCUAAAACAUGCUACUCUAUCGGUGCAGCAAUCAGCAUAGCAUUCUCCUCAUCUUCUCCUCACUUUGAUCCUACAAUUCAAGCGCCGUAGGCAGGAUCUAGACUCAUCGCUGAACAUAUGUUCCUCCACAUGUUCAGGUUCCAGUGCAUGUGCUGUUGACACCAGCGUAAACUGGCCCAACGGUGAAGGGCAGUCAUGGCAGGCCUCCUGGCAGCCCUAUGAGACCAGAGAUUGGCUGUGUGCAGUACAUUCUGGAUUGUCUGAGCAGAAAGCCGUCAGCCAUAUUGCCUGCAAUUCUGUAGAAGACAGCCUAUGGUUCCUAAGUGCUAACAGGGUGAGAUAGCAGUCUUCUUGGGAUGCUCACUUUUGGUCUCUUUGUCUCUCUCUUUAUAUGGAACUUAGCCUUCAGUUUUGAGAUGGCACCAGGGCUCACUUCUAAUAAUGCUGCAACUUGGUGUUGCAGAGCAACAACUUAAAGUUGCCCUAUCCAUAUCAGUCACACAUGUCUUGCUGAUCCUUGGAGCAGGCAUCUUCUGAACACUGAAGCAAAGCACAUGCUCACAGAGGGGUACCAGAAGCUCCAAACAAGAGUCAAAAGUAACAGCAGAAUAAGCUGUUUGGCACUGGCAGAGAAGAUUGAGCAAUUUUUUUAUUGC